AUGUCAGAAAUGUCAGAAUCAGAUUCGGAGACUAAUUCAUCUGAUGAGGAGCUGCAAGAGGCGUUCGCAAAAGGAUUGCUGAAACCGGGUAUCAAUGCUGUCAUUGAGGCAAAGAAGCAGCCGAAAAAUUGCGUUAGUCUCAUGAAGGAGAAGGUGGAUGAAAUAAAGUUGAAUUUACCAUGGAUCGAGAGACUCGAUAUGGUAAACGCACUGGCACCGCUGGCACCAGAGUUAGCGCUUCAACUGCAGGAGCAAGAGGUCAGGCGCGCUAAGCAGCUGCAGGGAAAUAGAAAGUUGCCUCAGUAUGAACCGUCCCAGGAUCCUGUUCUAAAUGAAUUUCGUAGAGAGACCAUGUUCCACCGUCAGGCUCAGGGUGCAGUCAUGGAUGGCAUCGCUAGAUUAAAGAAGCUUGGUGUACCGACAAUCAGGCCAGACGAUUAUUUUGCUGAAAUGGCGAAAACAGAUGAGCACAUGCAAAAAGUGAGAGAGAACCUGAUGAAGAAACAGGCGAUCGCGGAAAGAUCGGAGAAGAUAAGACAGUUGAGACAGCAAAAGAAGGUUGCCAAGCAGGUGCAGGUUGAGGCAACCCUGAAGAGGCACGCAGAAAAGAGGAAAAUGCUGGAGGAGGUUAAAAAGUAUCGUAAGGGUGUACGGCAAGAUCUCGACUUUUUGGACGACAAGAAGAAACCGCAGAAGGGUGGAAAACAGCCAAAUCGUAAAAUGGCUGUGAAGGCGCAAUUGAAAGCGAAAAUGAAAGCUGAAAAGUAUGGUUUCGGAGGUAAAAAGCGCAAUAGCAAAUGGAACACGAAGAGCAGUUCGGCCGACGUCUCGGAAUAUAGACGACCGCAGAAAUCGGGACAACGGAGAAUGAAAACUGUUCCUGGAAAGGGCGGAAAGGGAAAGCAAAGAUUAGGUAAAAAUCGUAGAGUAAAAAUGAAAGCGAGAAAGAAGUGA